UUUUCUAAGCAUGACGUUCUCUCAAAAGCCCCGCCUUCAGAAGACAUGUCAGCCAACCCGAUGUCUGCACACACCUGACUAUGUGCAUUGACUGACAGGCAGAGAAAGCUUCUGAUUGGCUAUGAACUCUUUUGUGUUGCCUUGGCCUGUGUCAGUGGCAAGUUUGUUUGCUCAGUAUUUCAGAGACAUUAGUCAGGUAAAUGGGGCAUUUUAUGUGUGGUGCUUCAAAAAAGCAUCUUUAAGACAUAACCUUUGGUUUCCAUGGAGUUCUCAAGUCAUGUUUACUUCCAAACAUUUAAAUCUGGUUUAGGAUACACAGAGAAGCAUGGCAUGUUGUAUGGCUUCAAUAUACAUAUCAAUCAGUCAAAAUAAAAAUUAGUCUUUGUGAUUUUAGUUUGAAGUUAGCAAACUAACUCAUUAGUCUACAUCAGUAUGCUGUUAAAUGAUUACCUUGACAACUGUUCGUAGAUGACCUUUCAUGGCAUCUUCUCCUUCCUUGUGCAUUUUUGGUGCUCAAUGGAGGAAAGAAAGUUACAAGGGUUUGGAACAACAUGAGGGCCAGGGUGGGAUGAAUGUGCUCAGUAGCUCAGAGGAUGGAGUGUUGUGACUCUGUCUCCAACAAUGGAGCCUCUGGCCCCCACACACAACAGCCUCCUGGGCUCUGCAGACCACUGGCCCCCAGUCCACUCCUACUGGCCAGAGAUCAAGCCAUUCAUCAGAGCACAGCAACUCUGUCCAAGCAGGGUGGACCAGUGGGGCGGGCUGAGGAGGAGAGACUUGCAGGGAGGCAUGAAGAAAGAGUUAGGGAAAAACAGGUUAAUGAAUGUUCAACCAGAGAGAUGUUAAAAGAUGCAGCGGAGAGGGAGAAGGCAGAUGAAGAGGAAGAAAGUGAUGAUGUGGAGAGGCCUAUUGGAGAGAUCCUGUACCAGCCUGAUGGGUCUGCCUAUGUGAUGGAGAGUAAACUUACAAGUGGUGUGCCCUCCUCCUCGUUAGGUUCCCCUUCCUCCAUCGUUAGAACCUGUUACAUUUCCUCAUCUCAAAGCCCCACUCCACAGAUUUUUCGUGUCUUCCAAUUGCAUAAUCCUGACAACAGUGAUAGUCUAGCUCUGGUGACCCGCCAAUCCAAAGAUAGUGCUCCUGACAUGGCAGGAUCAUCAGAGACACAAGUGACAUGGUCCGGUCUAACCAAACCCAUCCUGAUGUGCUUUCCGUGUCGGCUGUCCUUUGGCCGUACAUGCUCGUUUAGGGCUCAUGCUUGUCGGCAACACAAUAUCACCUUCAGCGAUGAAGAACAACAUUUGCUCUCUUUAAAACACACCUCUGCCAUUUUACAGCCUGCCGGCCCAGGCAAUCGGCCGCUCCUCUGUUUCCUAGAACCAAAAAGGAAGUGUGAGUCUGUGGUACCAUUGAACCUGGCAUCUCUGACCUCUGGGAACAGCACAGAGGACACGGCAAGACGGAAAGAGAAUGAAGACCCUCUGACCUCUAAGCCAGGUCUCCCUCUCCUGCCCUCUCCACCCAGAACCUCCCCUGCUACCUCAGUACCAAGCCCUGCCAAAGACCCUUCAACCCUGGGAAGAGAGGGCACACAAAAAGGCAAGGAGGACGAGAUAAAAAAGAAUGGAGGAAGUAGUGAGGGAGGAGAGAGGAGAUUGUGUUUAGAGGUAGGCAGCACUGUAGAUAACAGUGCUCACAGUAUUAGCAGCAGUAGCGGACAAGAGCACAUUACUGAAGCUGCUCUGUCAAACCAAAGCAUUUCAAAACCUCCAAACUCUGUAACAAUAGCAACCAGCUUUAUGAACAACACCAAAACCCUUACAGACUCUGAGUCAGAGUGUGGAACAAGCUUUAACUGCCACGACCCUGCACCUGCUUCCCUUGUUGUGGUAAACCCGUCCACUGUCACUAUUACAGAACAACUUGCCAACCAAGAGAGUGCCACAGCAACUGAACCAAAUGACCAGUCAGAGAAUGGUAGCGCCAUAGCAAUGGAACCAACCGCCAGGUUGUCUGAAGAUGACAGACAUGCUGUCACUCAUUCUGACCUGCCCAAUAAUCAUAGCCAUUCCACGUCCCCUACACUCAGUCCAACCUUAACCCAGACUAGUCAACCUAUUCUUGAAGAAGGAUACUCAGACACAGCCUCUAGAGGAAGGUUGGUGGUGGCCGGUGACGGAGGCUUCGUUGCAGCGGGAGACGAUGUUCAAGGAUCAUCUUUCACUUUUGCCGUUCAGGCCUCUCUGGUACACACCAGAAACUCCUGCAAGACAUUGAAGUGUCCGAAAUGCAACUGGCACUACAAGUACCAGCAAACUCUUGAGGCCCACAUGAAGGAGAAGCACCCAGACUCGGAGUCCGAACAGUGCCCGUACUGCAGCAGUGGGCAGAGCCACCCACGCCUAGCAAGAGGCGAGACGUAUUCUUGCGGAUACAAGCCCUUCCGCUGCCAGGUCUGCCAAUACUCCACCACCACUAAAGGCAACUUGAGCAUCCACAUGCAAUCGGACAAACAUCUCAACAACAUGCAGAGCCUGCAGACGCAGUCACAUGCGCACAGUCCAGCAUCCCAGCCCAAUCCUUUAACCCAUUCGCAUCCUACUCUCACUCACCCCACCCAAGCCAGCUCGCCCUCUCCAUCUAAGCUCCGGGGACAUGCGUCGUGGCGGUGCGAAGUCUGCGACUAUGAAACCAAUGUGGCACGGAACCUCCGAAUCCACAUGACCAGUGAAAAGCACACGCACAACGUGCUUCUACUGCAGCAGAACCUGGCACACAUGCAACGUCAACGUAAGCACAAUGCCACCGAGCUUUACCGCCACUGCCAACCUCAGAGUAAACUGCCCGAUGCCAUCACUCCUCUGUCCUGCAAUGAAACCUCUUCGCAGAAACUCUUUGAAUGCAUUUUAUGUGGCCGCUUUUCUUGUGACACUCUCGAGGAACUAAGUCAACACCUGACCAUGCAGCGGUCAUUACCCAAUUCCUACUGGAAGAGCACAACAGGAGACACCCACCAUUGUCGCCUUUGCCAUUACGCCACACCUCUGCGAGCUAACUUCCAACUGCACUGCCAGACAGACAAACACGUACAGCGCUACCAGCUUGCUGCACACCUUCGAGAGGCCAGUAGUCAACAUGGAAACACCGAGGAGGAGGACGAAGAGUGGCGUCUUAUGUGUGCUGCUGCUGGAAGUCAGGUGCAGCUCAGGUGCAAUGCUUGUGACUAUGAGGCCAGCAGCUUGGAGAAACUGAAGCUACACACCAUGAACUCCAGACAUGAGACCAGCCUAAGACUAUAUAAGUAUUUGCAGCAGCUGGAUGGAGCGGAGUCUGAAGAUGUCUGGCUGCACUGUGUGCUGUGUGAUUUCUCCACUCAGAACAGCCUUUCUUUAGUGCAGCACUCCCAUUCAUUGAGCCACCAGAGAGGGGAGGGGCUGCUCAGGCUACAGCGAAUCCAGAAGGGUCUGCAGGAUGAGGAGGAGCUUGGUGCCAUCUUUACAAUCCGAAAAAGCCCUGCUCAAGAAAAUGGAGAUAAGAAUGGGAUGGACUCUCCCACUGAAGUUACAGCUAACCAGGAAGACAGAAAUAAACAUGGAGACAGAACAGAGAAAAAAUCAGAGGGAUUUAUUCAAAUGGAAGCGGAGCGAAAUGAGUCGUCUUCCAGUCCGAAGCGUCCCUCAUCUGGAUCUGAUGAGUCAGUCGAGCCCUCUCCCUGCAAACGGCCACGAAUACAGGAAGAGAUGCGGCAGUGUCCAUUCUGUCGGUUCCGUCAUACUGAUAUUGAGCGUCUAAGGAGUCAUGUGAUGAACCAGCAUGCAGUUCAGCCUGCUGUCCGCUGCCCACUGUGCCAAGACACACUGCACAGUAUUGCCCUCUUGCGUACCCACCUCACACAUCUGCACAGUGUCACUGCAGACUGCACUCAGAAGCUCAUCAACACGGUGAUUGCUUCAGACGUGCUGCCAGAAAAUAUGUUUUUACCAGUGCACAACUCGGAUACACAGCCGAUAAAUUCUAAUGAAACAAAGAGACUGGAUGAAAUUUCAACCGAUGCUGAACCUGAGAGAGGUACAACACCUCACUUGGAGACAGCAAAAAUCUAUAAACAACCGUCGGAAGAUGCAGAAUCCACAAAGGAGAACAAUGCUGCUUUUCCUUGUUGGCAGAAAGGCUGUAACAAAGUCUUUACAUCCUCAAGUGCACUUCAGACACACUUCAACCAGCUCCAUAGCCAGAAAUCUCAAACAGCAAUAUCUGAUCGCCACAUUUACAAGUACCGAUGCAAUCAAUGCAGCCUAGCAUUCAAAACCCCUGAAAAGCUGCAGCUGCAUUCUCAGUACCAUGCUAUCAGAGCUGCGACCAUGUGCUGCCUCUGUCAACGCAGUUUUCGUACAAUGCAGGCCCUUCGGAAACACCUUGAGACAAGCCACCUGGAGUUAAGUGAAACCCAGAUACAUCAGCUUUACAGUGGUUUAAUGAUGAAUGGUGAGACUCUGAUAUCCGGAGACCAAACUUUUGGUGAAGAGGAGGGAUUGCCAGAAGAGACUGGGAUGAAAGAUGAUGAAGAAUGUGAUUUGGAGGAAAAACUAAGUCCUACAGACAAUGAUUCAAGUUUGGUUAAAGAUAAUGUUGAAUGUGACCCUAAGCAGCCUGUUUUUCCUAUUAGAAAAGGUCCAAAUAUCACAAUGGAGAAAUUUCUGGAUCCAUCAAGGCCUUUCAAAUGUACGGUUUGCAAGGAAUCUUUCACCCAGAAGAAUAUUCUCUUGGUUCACUACAACUCAGUGUCACACUUACACAAACUUAAACGAUCUUUGCAGGACACGUCAACUGGCUUGCAAGAGCCUGUCAACAAUGCAGACCACAAACCAUUCAAAUGUAGUAUUUGCAAUGUAGCAUAUAGUCAGAGUUCAACCUUAGAGAUUCAUAUGCGCUCUGUCUUGCACCAGACCAAAGCUCGUGCAUCCAAGCUUGAUUCAUCCACUUCUAGUACUGAAUCUGUUGGCCCUCCCCCAGGCAAGGCAUUGUCCAACACUUCUGCAACCAUGAAGCCUGCUACUUCCUUGAACAAUGCUGGUCUAAGCCACCAUCAAAACACUGAACUCAAUGGCACACCUGCAAACCCAGACACCAGUCAUCCUUCGACAUCUGACAUGAGGAAUAAGUUGGUAAACAUGAUUGAUUCAGCUACCAAGCAACAACAGAUGUCAUUACAACAACAACCAUUACAACAACAACAGCAGCAGUUAGCCCAGGCUCAAGCCCAUCUCCAGCAAGAGCUCCAAAAGAAGGCUGCUCUUCUUCAGUCCCACUUAUUCAAUCCUGCACUUUUACACCCUUUUCCUAUGGCAACAGAGGCACUUCUUCCAGUGCAGCAGCAACAGCAAUUGCUUCUUCCUUUUCUUAUUCCAGGAGGAGAGUUCCGCAUGAAUCCAGAGGUAAACCUUAAAGGCUCUGGGCUAAGCGUAAGCACAUUAAAAUCUAACGUCAAUGAGAAUACUGCUGUGUCUUCCAAAAAAGAUGUCCCAAAAAAUUGUUCUGAACAGAAACUAAAUGAAGAUCUUGCAAUUCAUCCUGAAAUGGAUGAACAGAAACUGACCAAUGAUCCACCAUGUAAGAAGGACACAGAUGGACAGAACAGUAAUGAAGAAUCAAAGGAUAUUGAUAAUGUAGGCAGCACCAGUGAAAAAACACGUGAUCAUAAAUCUCAAGAAAAUGAAGAGCUAAACAAAGAUAUGUCAACCAGUGGGGAGAGUUUUGAUGAAUUUCUUCCACCCAGAAUAGCCCAUGAUGCGCCCGGGAAUGCUUCAAAGGCUUUGCUUGAAAACAUUGGUUUUGAGUUAGUCAUGCAAUACAAUGAAAAUAAGGAGAGAUAUCAGAAAAAUCUUACUGAACCAAUACCAAAUGGUGGGGAUGUGUCUGACACUAAAGAGGUGGGUCAUUCGGAAGAUAUGGAGAAGCUAGAGUGCGAGUCUUGUGGGAAGCUUUUUUCAAAUGCACUGAUACUAAAGAGCCAUAAAGAGCAGAUUCAUCAUUCCAUAUUCCCUAGCAAGUCAUUGGCGAAAUUUGCCAAAGACUACAGGGAGCAAUACGACAAACUCUUCCCAUUGAGACCUGCAACUCCAGAGACUUCUCCUGUCUCAUCGCCUUCUCCUUCCCCUCCUGCGAUUCCUAAUUCUUCAGUGCAGCAGCCACAACAACCAGUGCAACCAAUUAUUCCUGCCUCUACACUCAGUGCUACUCAUGCUACUGUCUCCAUCCCUCAAGUUAAAGCUCCAUUAACUCAAAUUCCAUUAUCCAUGGAACUGCCACUCUUCCCCUCACUCCUAAUGCCUUCCAUAACUUUGCAAGCUUUAACUCCUCAGGCCCCUGUCCAACUGCCCCCAGUGGAGGCUGGAUUGACUCCUGAUUUGACGCAGCUUUAUCAACAGCAGUUGACUCCAGCCAUGUUACAGCAACAAAGUAAACGACCUAGAACCAGAAUCACAGAUGACCAGCUUAGAAUUCUGCGUCAGUAUUUUGAUAUAAACAAUUCUCCAAAUGAGGACCAAAUCUAUGAGAUGGCCAACAAAUCUGGUUUGCCACAUAAGGUUAUAAAGCACUGGUUUCGGAACACUCUAUUUAAAGAACGUCAACGCAACAAGGAUUCUCCAUAUAACUUUAGUAACCCUCCCAUCACAACACUGGAAGAUGUAAAGGUGGAUUCUAGACCACCCUCUCCUGAACCACCAAGACAAGAGAUUUAUGGGAGUAGGAGGUCCUCAAGAACCAGGUUUACUGACUACCAGCUAAGAGUAUUACAGGAUUUUUUUGAUGCCAAUGCAUACCCCAAAGAUGAUGAGUUUGAGCAACUGUCUAAUCUCCUUAAUCUUUCUACCCGUGUGAUUGUGGUAUGGUUUCAAAAUGCCAGACAAAAAGCUCGGAAAAAUUAUGAAAACCAAGGAGAGGGAGGGAGGGAUGGUGAACGUCGAGACCUAUCUAAUGACCGCUACUUUCGUACUUCCAACAACAAUUUCCAGUGUAAGAAAUGCAACAUAGUCUUUGAACGCAUUUUUGAUCUUAUUAAUCACCAGAAAAUGCAGUGUUACAAAGAUGAGGACGAGGAAAUGCAGAAUGAUCUGAAUGAAACUGCAGUGGAUUUUAAGACUGAGUGUCAUAGUCCAAUAUCUGGGCCCUCUUGCUUUACACAAGCAGCUUCUUGCCCAAGCCCCUCCAGUUCUUCUGUGUCUAGUACUAAUGUGAAGUCCAGUGAUUCUGAGCAUAUGCACACAACAAGUCUUACUGGAGAGCUUAAACAAACAAAUGAAUCAUCCUCUGACCCCAAACAGGCUGUUAGUGUCAACUCUGAGUCUGAGGAAUUAAAGAAAAGAAUGCAGCAGCCAAAGCCUCUCUGUGAGGAGAACCAAAAUGCAAGCACAGAGAUUUCCUCUCACCCACCUCCUAAACAACAACAGAUUUCCUGCACAUCUGAAACAAACCCAGCUCCAUCACAGAGCUCCCAAACUAUUUUUAGUCCUUUAGAGAUUCCUUCAACUGAGCAACAACAGCAACAGAAACCGGCCCAGGAUAUGAGCCCUUACCACUGCAUCCAGUGUAAAUUGAGCUUCCCCUCAUUUGAACAUUGGCAAGAGCACCAGCAAAUGCACUUUCUUACCCAAAGUUACUUUCCCUCCCCACCGUUCCUAGAUCGUCCUGUAGACAUGCCUCUUAUGCUGUUUGAUCCUGCUAAUCCUCUACUUGCAAGGCAUCUGCUUUCAGGAACAAUUUCCCAGAUAGUGGCAAAUCCACCUGCAUUGACCACCAUUCCUGAUUCAACCAUAAACUCUCUGAAGAGAAAACUUGAAGAGAAAGCAGGAUCCAGUUCUAUGGAAAAUGAUUGGGAAAACAAUGGGGAGGAACCCCAGCGAGACAAACGUAUGAGGACCACUAUUACACCAGAGCAGCUGGAGGUUUUAUACCAUAAAUAUCUUUUGGACUCCAAUCCAACACGCAAGAUGCUUGAUCAUAUCUCCAGCGAAGUUGGUCUCAAGAAAAGAGUGGUUCAAGUCUGGUUCCAGAACACCCGAGCUCGUGAGAGGAAAGGCCAGUUUCGGGCACUGGGUCCAUCUCAAAUCCAUCGUCGCUGCCCAUUCUGUCGAGCUCUCUUUAAAGCACAGACUGCUCUUGCUGCCCACAUACGUUCACGUCACUGGCAUGAAGCAAAGAAUGCAGGCUAUAGUAUGGCAAUACCUAAUAUGACUCAAGAUCAGGAAGGUUCUCAAAUCAAAUCUGAUCUCUUUGAUUUUGCCAAUUAUUCUCAGUUUUUGAACUCCACUGAUGAUGUUGACUCUCCAGCAUGCAAAAGCAUCGACCUGUCUUCACAUCAGCAGCGUCUGAGCCCAAAAACUAUUAAAGGUGAGGGUGUGGAAGAUUUUGAGAUGCCUUCCGUGUCAGUUUAUCAAAAUCUUGAACAAAGCAAGCUGAAUAACUGUGACGCUAACACAAACACAGCCCAUGACCAUACAACUGAUGAAGGAAAUGACUCUCUAGAGGCUAAACAUGGCAGUAUUGACCACAUGUCUCCCAGCACCGAAAGAGAGGCUUCUUCUGAAAGUGAUGAAAAGAUGUCUUCUGGAUUGGUUAGCCCUGCAAUGAGCUUUAAUGCUAAAGAUUUUGAUAAUGAUUUAGUCUUAGAUUACAGUGAAAAUUCCAGCCUGGCUGAUCCAGAUUCACCAUGCCCUGGUAGCUCUAACAGUCAGAGCUUUGAUAAUGACAGACACAGUCAAAAACGCUACCGCACUCAAAUGACCAACCUACAGGUGAAAGUGCUCAAAGCGUGCUUUAGUGACUAUAAAACCCCAACAAUGCUUGAAUGUGAAGCCUUGGGCAAUGACAUUGGACUUGCCAGGAGGGUUGUUCAGGUGUGGUUUCAGAAUGCUCGUGCCAAGGAGAAAAAGGCCAAACUUAGCCUUGCAAAGCAAUUUGGCACAGAGAGUACUUCUAUUGAUAGACCUAAGACAGAGUGCACUCUUUGCUCUGUUAAAUACAGUGGCCGCUUGUCUAUUCGUGACCAUGUCUUCUCCCAGCAACAUCUUGCUAAAGUUAAGGAGGCCCUGGGUGGCCAGAUGGAGAGGGACAAGGAAUAUUUGGGUUCAGUAUCUACUCGUCAGCUGAUAGUGCAGCAAGAAGUGGAUCAUCUAAAAAAGACAAGUGAUGUUCUGGGAAUUGUCCAACCACAAGCUAUACUGAGCUCAGUGGGCUUUAACCAAACAUCACUUCACUGUCUGAGCCAGUCUUCAAUGUACUCAGGUCUGCAGAUGCAGACCACUGCAAGCCUACCAGGUGGUAGCAGCACAAUGACUGAGGAUUUUUCUUCCAUAAAAACAGGUACCAGUGAGCCUCCUGUAAAUGAGCUGAACUGCAAGCCAACCAUGACGCCCUCUUCUGCCAUAUCAGCUAUGGAUAACAAAGAUGUAGUUAGCACAACCAACUCUGUCUUGACCCCAAAGACCACGGAACAAGAACUCCAGUUUCCCAAAGAAAAUGACACUGAGAGUAACAGGAUUCCCACAAACAAGCUUGACAGUACUCCAUUGGGAAAUGGUACUCGUGCAAAUUCUUCUUACAAAAGUAAAGAGAAGCCAGACACUUCCAGACCAACAGUAUCUACUCCAAGUAAUGGAAGAGAGUAUGCCAUGGACCCAAGUCAGCUACAAGCUCUUCAUGCAGCAAUGAAAACUGACCAAGCUGCUAUACUCCCUAGUCACCUCCUGCCCUGUCUGAUGCCCGGUUUUCCUCCACUUUUUUCUCCCCAUAUUCCCACACCAAUGCCCGGAGGCCUCCUGCAGCCCAUGUUUGGCAUGGAUAGCAUGUUCCCAUAUGGUCCAGUCUUGCCACAGGCUCUAAUGGGGCUGUCCCCGGGCUCCAUUCUCCAGCAAUAUCAACAAAAUCUGCAGGGUGCACUGAUGCAACAAAGACUGCAGCUGCAACAGCAACAGUUAGUGCAGCUACCAGAGAAACCAAAACCUAGCCCAAUCUCUGCUCGCCUCAAUGCAGAGGACACAGUUUCAUCCAAACAUGACAAGAAGCAAGGCACACGCACUGGCACAGAUUUCCCCUCCAUAAACUCUGUCAAUGCUAAGCAGCCAGAAGUGGACAAUAACUUUCUUCUAAGCCACUGUAUUGCCUCCAAAACAGAGUGUAGAGGAGAAGGCAAGGAUGGUCACCUUUAUGAGUGUGUCGCCUGUGAGGUGUCUCUUACUGGGAAUGCAGAGCUCAUCAAACAUCUGGAGUACCCUCAGCAUAGACAAAGAGUGGCAGAGAAACUGAAUGCCAAAGAGCAUGCUUCUCCUCGAUUACCUCACAUCAGUCCCUCAUCUACCUCUCAGUCAAACCCAUCCAGUGAACAGAGAUCUUCUACAACUGCCCAGUCUUCUUUAGGGACUCCUUCAGAAACCUCCAUCCCCAACCCAACCAACUCUGACCAGCCCGAUAGACGUCUCCAAAGCUCGCCCCUGACUUCAGCUUUACCUGAGGCUUCCCAAAGCUCACCGGCUUCUCCCUCACAUCAUGUUCUUUCGCCUUCAAAUGUUACCUCAAGCCUGACAAGCCCUGCAAAGACUUGUCACGUAAAACCAAUAGACUCUGUGGAUGGGCGUUGCGACAACAACGAGUCAGAGGAGGGACAAGACUUGACAUAAUAUAUUGGAGCAAGAGGUUUGAUGCUUUCCAUAACCAUUGUUUUUAUGGCUUGGACAGCUUUAGAAAAGACUACGUGAAGAAAAAAAAAAGGAGGAAAGUUGAACAAAACGUCUCCACUGUAUAUUACACUUGGGGAAAGCUAUGAUCCAGAGCUAGUUUGGCUGACUGUUUUAAAAGGACUGAAUCCUGUAGGAUCCAACUUGCAUUAACAGUGCUUGUAACCAAAAACAAGUGUCAGUAGAAUGUUUUUUCCAUUUCAAUAUGCUGGUUUUUAACUAAAACUUGAGUAUAUGUAAACUGUUUGGAAACUAAAGGGUGCACAGCUAAAGACUGGUGAAGAACCUAAGAUGGUUUCAUGAUUACCUAACUAACCAAAAGUCUGUUUAUAACACAUGUGUUUUAACAGACACUCAUAAAACACCCACACUAUUUUUUGCCCUGUCAAGUGUUAAGAUAUUAUAUUAUUGGCUUAAUGAAGUGAUGUAAUGUAUUUUGAUGUUGUCUUCUCUCAGGUCAACAGCUCUCAAUUUUGUUCUGUUACAAGACAUACCAAUAGAAAAUAUAUGAAGCCCAAAAGAAAUGUGUAAUGAAUGAAAACGUCCAAUUCUAAUUUGUUUUCAAAGUCCUGAAAUUGCAACUAAGCUAGUAGAUGUUUUUUUUCUUGGACAUGUACUUGUCCAGACACAAAGCGUAUUGCAGACCUUUGUAAAUUGUGGGAAAAUAUGAUUUAGGGUUUUUUUGUUUGUUUUUUUUGCGAAAAAUGACAAAAAAAACAUUCUGUGUUAAUGAUAGAUACAUGUAUGAACAUUUUGGUGUUGCGUAGAUUGUUGAAUUCAGAUGACUUAAUUGUAUGGUAGGUUUAAAACAAAUUACUUGUAUAUUUAACUUUUGUAUUGUCCCAGUCAAAGACACUUGAGGCUGUUUAGCCAUGCUCAUGUUAAAACAUAGCAUUUACCCUCUAAUGCUGUUGAAAAUUGUCACUGUACAACCAACUUCCUCUCCUGCACUGAGCCAAGUUGAAAGACCCUAUCUGUGUAUGAAUUAGAUCGAUGCACAUCUAUAAGAUAUUUUCUAUUUUUGUUGUCUUCUAAACAGAACAUUUCGAUUGUGCACUUAUUAUUUUUUUUCUUCUUUUGCCUUCAAUACUGUAAUUUCACUUUUAAGACAGUAGAUUUUCAUUACUUCUUCACUACAUGGUUAUUUUAUUUCUUAACAUUUCUGCACUUGCCGAGACUAACAAUAAUUACAGUGAUGAUAUUAUGAAACAAUAAUAACUUACAGUAUUGCUUUAAUGGAAAAUCCAAAGAUAAAGUAGUCUUACCAUUGGUGCAUACAAAGGAUGGAAAAAAACUUUAUACUUUAGAAAAUAUUACUGUUUUUAAGGAAUGGAAAUCUUUUUAGAUGAUGGAGCCAGCUACGAGAAAACUGUUUUAGCUAACUUAUUAGAACAUUUCUGACCUCAUAUAUGAAACAACCAGAGAACCAAAAAUAAAAACAAAACAAAAAACAGAAAGCUUACUCUGAAGAUAUGGGACAGCACUGUUGUGCAGCCAUUGUAGUUUGUAUUAUAGAGGUGGAGGUUACACAGUUUGCUUCUCUGUGUCUGGCCUUUCUUUUUGUCUGGUUAUCUCUCUUGAUUUUGUUUCUUAUUGUUUGGUCUACUAAAUGUACUGGGUCUAAUUGUUGAGGAAAUAGUGUGUGCUGCUAAUGUAGGUUUGUACUAAGAUGCAUGCUUGAUUUUGCUUUUCGCUGAAGCUUUAAUGACGACCGUCAGUAGCCACAAACCCUGUCCCCGUUCCACUGCAGUUGUGUCCACACAUGACUGUGAAGACUGUGACUCUCCAUGAACUACAUUAUGUUCUCCUCUUAGCCAACCAAUGUUGAAAACCAAUGAUGUUAUAUUUAUACAAAGUUUGCAUUCCAAAUAUCACAUUUGUCAUUUCAAUUGAUUUUGUGUUUUUUUUUCUUCUCUCCAUUGUAUUCUACUUCUAAAGGGACUGUAACGUAUGCUCUCACUCCUGAGUCUGGACCUGCUGUGAGAGAAUGUUUACUCUGCGUGUUCCUGGAAAUGUUAUUACUGUAGCGAUCGCCAAAUAAUGUAUGUUCAUGAUGCACUUGUGUUUAUUCAUGUGACUCACUGGGCUAAUGUCUCCUGUCCUCUUAUAUACAAGCAUUUAAAGUGAAUAAA